CAUUGACGUCAAUCGUUGUUUGUGAUUGGUCAUAACCUUUUCCGGUGAGGCGUCCAUCCAUCCAAGGACUGUGAGAAAAUCAGUGUAAACGGAGUAAAGCACGUCGACAAACUCCUCGAAGCGACUCAGCAGGUCAUCAUGGCGUCCAGCAGUACGAGCAGUGAAGAAGAGAGGAGCUUGCGGGAGUGUGAGCGCUACGUGCAGAAGCACAACAUCCAGCAGCUGCUGAAGGACUGCAUUGUGCAGCUGUGCACCGCCAGGCCUGAAAGACCCAUGGCUUACCUCAGAGACUACUUCGAGAAGCUUGAGUUGGAGGAGGCUAAACAGAUGGUGAGCCAGCAGAAGUCCAGCUCUCGCUCAGAUUCUCGGGAAGAUGAGGUCUCUCCUCCUAUGAACCCUGUGGUUAAAGGCCGACGGCGCCGUGGUGCCAUCAGUGCAGAGGUCUACACUGAGGAGGACGCCACUUCUUAUGUCAGAAAGGUCAUUCCUAAAGACUACAAAACUAUGGCUGCCCUUGCUAAAGCAAUUGAAAAGAAUGUUCUUUUUGCUCAUCUUGACGACAAUGAAAGAAGUGACAUAUUUGACGCCAUGUUCUCAGUCACCUACAUUGCAGGGGAGACUGUCAUUCAGCAAGGGGAUGAAGGAGAUAAUUUUUACGUUAUUGAUCAAGGUGAAAUGGAUGUGUAUGUGAACAAUGAGUGGGUGACCAGUAUUGGAGAAGGUGGCAGUUUUGGUGAACUGGCUUUAAUCUACGGCACUCCUAGAGCAGCCACUGUCAGAGCAAAGACCAAUGUCAAGCUGUGGGGCAUUGACAGAGACAGCUACAGGAGAAUACUCAUGGGAAGUACUUUAAGAAAGAGGAAAAUGUAUGAGGAAUUCCUUAGCAAGGUGUCCAUUUUGGAGUCUCUGGAUAAAUGGGAACGAUUGACAGUCGCUGAUGCACUUGAGACAGUCCAGUUUGAAGAUGGCCAGAAGAUUGUGGUGCAGGGUCAACCAGGAGAUGAGUUCUUCAUAAUUCUUGAGGGCUCGGCUGCGGUCUUGCAACGGCGGUCGGAGAAUGAAGAAUUUGUGGAGGUUGGAAGACUCGCACCGUCUGACUACUUCGGAGAGAUCGCUCUGCUCAUGAACCGUCCUCGUGCUGCCACCGUGGUUGCCCGCGGCCCGCUGAAGUGUGUAAAACUCGACCGUCCUCGGUUCGAGCGUGUGCUCGGCCCCUGCUCAGAUAUCCUGAAGAGAAACAUCCAGCAGUACAACAGCUUCGUAUCUCUGUCGGUCUGAGGCGCUCGCCAGGCUCUUUCCUCCUCUAUUGCAGGGUCCACCAAUGCAAAUCCGCUUUAUUUUCGUACUUUUCUUUAUGCAUUUUUCCAACACCCAGGUGCCCAUUUACUUCAGUGUUCUCUCUCUGUCUGUUUUUCGAUUCGUGCCGUACCCUGUCGCGUCCGUGUCCAUCAUAGACUCACCGUAAGGCCGAUUGUUAGUUUUGCCUGAGAAACGAGCCAAUCAUUGUGCCACAGAUGCCUGUCACCUGAACAGAUGUUGAAAUAACAAGGUCUAUUGGGAUGUUUAUUUGUUCCACUUGCCUCCAGAUUGCUUCACAUUUCUGCAUAACAGUGUUGGAAGGAAAAUAGUGGCAGGAUGUAGUGUAUCUACUCAGUAUAUGAUGAUGCAUCUUAAUUGAAUCAUCGCGUUUCACAUUCAGUUUUCCCUCAUUUAUUUCCAGCGUUUAAUAUAGGGAAGCCAAAGGCAUAAAUCCAUGUUGUUUUUUGGGGGGAACUGAAGUUAAAACAUCACCGUGUUUUUCACGGUGAUCAGCUUUGCUCUUUUAUUGGUAUAGCUGCACAUAUAUAGUGUAUUUAUAUGAUUAUAUAUUACAAGUAAAUGACCAUAACCAUAUUUUUUGCACAGUUUAUUGUUUAUAUAUAUAUAUAUAUAUAUAUAUAUAUAUAUAUAUAUAUAUAUAUAUAUAUAUAUAUAUAUAUAUAUGAAAACAUGUUCUAUGCGCCUGCUGUUUUUCAUUGUGGCAUUGGAUCCCAUUGCAUUGGGUUUUUCAUGUGUUUUUGGAUGUUUUGUUCUGCUUUCAUUCAUGCUACACACAGCUUGCAAUGGACUCUUAUGUUGAGCAGAUCAAGAUGACUCGAAUCUGCUUUCACGUCUUCUUCUUUCUUAAAAACUGCUUAUAUUUGUUUGUUUCCCCCACAAUGUUUUUAUGGUGGGAGUAUAUAUUUGUUUAAUUGUUCAGAAAUGUAAUGGUUAAUGCAAUCUGAAUCUUUGUUAAGAGAGAAUUCGACAGGAAGUGAGUGUUUGGUGACCUCCUUGGCCAACUGAGAUCCAUUAGGUUGUUUUUUUUCUAUGUGAGUUUGUGUGAACUGCUUCGUUUUUCCCGUUUAUUUCUUCUUUCUUUGAUGUUUUAAAUUUUUAAAUCAAAAUAUUCUGUGCAGGACUAAGAAGAAUAGUUUUCAUAUGAUCAGUGUCCUGUUUAGAUGGAGAUUUCAAUUUUUCAGCUUCUAGUUUAAUGAAAGUCUUAAAACAGGGACAGUAUUUACCGUUUAUGGUGUCUGUAUGCCAUUAGGGAAGGGAUCCAUCAAAUGUUUGGGAUUAAAUUCCCGAUCCACUGCCGCCACCAAUUUAAUCAUUGAUCAGAAUAUUGUUCUUAGGGUUCUCUGAGUUUUACCAGGUGGUUCAAUAGUGUUAACAGUUGCUGAAGGUAGAUUUUAAUCAUUGUCACUCAGAGAUACUCUUGUAUUAUUUGAAUAUAUUUGAUGUGAGUUUUCAUUUUGUGUAUUUGUUUCCUGCACAUCUUGUGUUAUGUAAUUAUGCAGAUGUCCGAUUCCUUUAUACCACACAGACUCAUGAUAUUGGAAGCAAGUUUAGGUUUUGAAAAGUGCCUGAUUUCUUUACUCUCAUACCGCAUAGCUAAUCUCUCGCAGUAAUUUUCCCUCUGAUAUAUUCAUACACCAUACUUGUGUCCUGUAUUAUUUAUAAACAAUAAUAUUUUGUUUCAUUGAUAUAUCCAAAUUCUCUUUUGCAAUGUAUUUUAUUCAGACUUAAAGCUCCAGUAAAUAAAAAGUUUGCACAGAACUGUCUCACAAUUGCUGUUAAUUAAAGAGAGUUGCACGUGAACAACUUUAUUUAGUGUAUUUUUAUUUGUCUCCUCUACAUGGGACAGUUGUUUUCUUUUUAUUUUCUGACACUUGUUUUUAGGGACUGUCGGUGCAGCGUGCAUGAAAAUGUUUCUGACAUCCACAAAAUUCUGCCCCAGACUGGAUUGGAAUUUAAAAUCAGUCAAAUAAUGGUGCUGUAGCUUUCAAAACAGAUUUUGCACCCUUAAUUUCAUGGGAUGUGACCUUUCAAAAAGCCUUUUGAUUAACUGUUUCAACUGUCUUUUUAAUGAGUGGAUUAUGGCUUAUAAUGGGGUUUAAUUAAAUGUGUUUAAAUUGAUAUUACUACAGCAUGAGUUCUUAAUAAUGAACUGUGAACCCCUUUGAUAGGCUAAAUACUCUACAUGUUAUCGCUCAUUUAUGUUUAACUUCAUUUGGCAGUGCGGAAUUGACAAAGGAAGCAUAAAUAUUUUGAUGGUUUCUGUAAAAUGCAUAAAUAAAAACCCUUUUAUAAAUAUGAUUUAGUUCCACCACAUUUUCUGCUUGCUACACCCUGUUUCUUGAAGAACAUUCAGCGGUACACUGGAAAUGUGUUUGUAUUAGCAACCUUUACCUUUGUUAAAAUUUGUUUUCAGUAGCUUGCUUUUCUUGCCCUGGUUGUGACUGCCGGUGGUGUUUUCUUCUGGAGCUUUCAGUAAAUCUGUGUUCUAGUAUGUACAGAGGAUUGAUAUAUAUUUGCUUAUAAGCUUUGCCUUCAGGGCUUAGAGACUCCUGUUCACCCAUUCUUCAGUACAUUAAACCCUCAAUACAGAGAGUUGUAAAAUGUCAGAGGACCAUUUUCUAUUAUUCUUUUUCUAUAACUGUAUCCGGUUUGAUUUCAUUGGAUGUGCUCAAGUUGUAAACCUUUUGGUAUAGAUUGUCCCAAUGGCAGGUCAAGCAAUAAAAUGAUUAAUUCUUGAA